CGACCCCUCCUUCUCUGGAGAUCUUGUACAUUGCCUGCGUCCAAUAACCGAACACUCUCAUUAUAUACCCUAAUUUCUGUCUAUUAUUCUCUGGCAUGCCCAUGCAUCUUCCGUUCACCCCAAACCAUGUCCAGCUCAUCUCGGCUUGCUACCCUCCUAACGCGGCCUUGCUCACCGCGGGCCCCGACUACAGGCCCAACUCACAAGAGCUAUCGCGUAUGACCUACUAUGCCUCCAACCGUCCGGGGAAAAUCAACAAGCUUGCCAGUGAGCUGGAGAAACGCGUCAGGCUGGAUAGUCGAAAGGCAAAGGCUGGUAACAUCCGGGCUCGCUCAUCCCUCCUCAUCACACUUGCAACCAUCAAGGCUCUUGCUACAGAAUGCCGACGGGAUCUUCCACUUUUGACUGCGUCGCUCCUCGCUUCGGUCAAUCUUGCCCUUACGACGCUAUCAAAUGACCUGGAGGUUGCUGCGAGGGCGGGUAGUGUUUUUACAGCUUGGACAACGUAUACCGACGGCCAUUUGAUAGGUGUCGACCAGUCCAUCACCCAGGACUACAUGUCAUGUCUUCAAGCGUUCACUACGCUCGGACGUUUCGGGUCGCAAGAUCAAGAGGUCAUGAAUCGGACGCGAUUAAUCGGCCUCGCAGCCUUGACAGGCGUAGUCACUUCGGAGGCUCUAUACCACUCUACUCAACAGCUGAAAGCGCAAGUCUCAAUUUUCAUGGUCGCGCUUAUCGCCCCUCUAUUACUCGUUGAGGUUUCAGCCUUAGACCAUGAAGUAUCCGAGGUGAAAACUCAGCCCAACUCCCCAUACCUCAGCGACUUCCGCAACCGGCCAACGAUGGAACGACGCGCAACCUCUAUCCAUCUCCAUGUCACAGGUCAAACUGGCCCCUCGCACAGAGACGUGGCGAACGCAGCUAUGCGCGCCUUAUCGGCGUUAUUCGAACACUCUAAUGGCUCACAGGCAGGCGUAUCAAUCCAGGCCGCUAUAGAUAGUCUGAGCGAGAUUGACGCGUGGGACAAGCCAGAGCACUGUCGCUGGUUUGCCGUUCGUGCAGCCGAAUGGACACAAUAUCAGUACCGCUAUGGCAUCCCCACCCGCCUUGUGGAGUGUCUCGUCCAGGACCAAGAUGCCCCCCAGACCACCGGCCGACAUAGCACACUCGCGGCCAUGAUAACGGCGGUAUUCACAUCACCCAUACCCCUCGUUAACCUCUCGACCUCCGACAUCAUCUCGAGCCUAAUCAGUGUCAUUCUCAGGAGGGUUGCAAAGGACCCGGAUGAUGCCUUGCUUCCCGCCUUGGUCGAGACCAUCGCAUCGCUGGGCACCCAUGUCUAUUACACCGAUCAAAUCCAGGACCUCGCCGGGGAACUCAUCAGCAGACUCAUCGUAGUCGAGACUAACGGUGUCCUGGUCAACGGAAAAUCUGACCUCGGCCGAGUCAGGGCACAAGCGGUGCGGUGUCUCCUUGCCGGCCUUCACAGUUUGAUCCACGCGGCUGAAAUGCACGACAUCGCCAAAGAAGACGGGGACGACGGCAAGACCGUACACAGAGCAGCCCUCGCGGAGUCUGGCGUCACGAUAAACGUCGAAGCGGAGGGGAGAACCCCUCGUCCAGACGGUCACGUCAGGCCAUCGCGGAGGUCUAACGUGUCGCCAGAAGUGUGGCAGGAUACGUUGUCGCUGCUCUGUGACGCAGACUAUUCAGUUCGAGCAGACUAUUCCUCCACCCUGGUAUCUUAUCUGGAGCGGGAGAUAUUGAAGCUCUGGGAUUGUACCGAUGUCGAUGGUGUCAAACGCAUUCGCGCGAUUGCAGAAGGCCCGACGCGGCAGGCUAGCAUCAACCACAGCGUGAUAUUUGGAGACAGCACAACCAGGCUCCUCAACGCCUUGCAUGCACAUCUGUACGUCUUGGCGACUUCCACAAACCUUGGUGUGGCGACAAGGUCGCACACACCUUCCUCACAACGGUCCGUCAAUGGCGACACGACGACAGACGACGCAAAGUCGCAGGGCGAUGAUACAGAGGAGAACGCUCCCAGCCGACGGUCCAUCGGGAUUCCCCGCUCUCGUAAGAUGUCGGUCAUGCAACGACUCUUGCGCAACAUACCAUCUAAACUGUCUUCCUUUGCCAAUGUCUCGGCAACCCUGUCAGACUACGGCAACAUGCUCGCGAUCCUGAAAGCAGUACAGAUGAACUUGCCCAUCCGCGGACUCGUAACCGGCGUGCCGAUGCUCCUCGCUCUUGACAGCGCGCUGCAGGGUGAAACCUCGACGGACACUGCUUCUGUGCAACGCGUACAAGCGAUCCGAGACGUGCUUGCCCAGACCUGGCUUGCCAUCGGAAAGGUCUGGGAGUGCCCGGGGGUCGUCGAGAUUGCCCAGAAUGUAAGGGCCCUGUCGUCUCCAUGGGUUGCAAUGUGGCUGAUCUUUGUGCAGGCGAUCCCAGAGAACUUUAGUAGCCGCCUGCCUACCCUGCCUGAGCCGAGUCCGGGCACCUUCCACACUCCCCAAGAGCCCUCCGCUUUCGCUUUCGCUGCCGCUGCGGCAGACGAUUCUGUGCGUGCGCUGGACUGUGAAGGGCUCCUUCUUGCGCUCGUCUCGUGCGAGACUGUCCAGGAGGCGACGAGCUUGGACCGCCAAAGCCUCUUGCGAAAGCUCACGGCAUCCUGGUCAGCAGAGUCGGCGUUCAAAGACGAAACCCAACCUCCGAGUGCCAGCCCGCCGAGCAGCGACGGCCUCUCGCCGCUCGUGAAGGUCCUGCCUGCGCUCAUGCCGCUCGAGAACCUCUCGCGCGCGAGCCUGGCGCGCUCGACCAGGGGCGUCGGCAUCACUGACCUGCGCGAGGCCCUCGAGGGCCGGAGCAGCCUGUCGAACACGAACCUGCGCGAGACCGCGCCGUCGCUCUCGACGCUCGAGCACGCGUCGACCGCGCACGGCGAGAUGCACAAGCUCGCGCCGGUGCGCUCGCGGGCGUCGCAGCAGAGGAGCCGGUUCGCCGGCCCCGGCGAGGUCAAGGACGUGCUCAACAAGCUGGGCAUCGGCAAGGUGAACACGGGCGGCAUGCUGAAGCCGUCGUUCACGUCCAAGAAGGCCGAGACGCGGUGAGUGCAUCUG